GGCAGCACAGUGCUGCGGGCUGAAAGAAGCAGGAGAAAAUGAGGAGUGGACAGUGUACUGGACAGACUACUCAGUCUCUCUGGAACGCAUCAUGGAAAUGAAGCAAUUUCAGAAAAUCAACCACUUUCCAGGCAUGAUAGAGAUCUGCCGUAAGGACCUGUUGGCUCGCAACCUUAACCGCAUGCUCAGGCUCUUCCCCAAGGAGUACAAUAUAUUUCCCCGCACUUGGUGCCUGCCAGCUGACUAUGGAGAUUUCCAGGCCUACAGGCGCGCAAGGAAAAACAGAACAUUCAUCUGCAAGCCGGACAGUGGCUGCCAAGGGAGAGGUAUCUUCAUAACACGUAAUCCAGAUGAAAUCAAACAUGGAGAGCAUAUGAUCUGUCAGCAGUAUAUCUCUAAGCCUUUCCUUAUUGAUGGCUUUAAGUUUGACAUGCGUAUCUAUGUGCUAGUCACAUCUUGUGACCCGCUGAGGAUUUUUGUCUACAAGGAGGGUCUGGUCCGGUUUGCCACCAUGAAGUACAUCGAUCCCAGCAGCAGAAACCUGGAUGAUAUCUGCAUGCAUUUGACCAAUUAUGCUAUCAACAAACAUAACGAAAACUUCAUCCAGGAUGACACAAUGGGCAGUAAGAGGAAACUGUCCACCCUGAAUGCCUGGAUGAUGGAUAACAGCUACAACACAAUAAAACUCUGGGAAGAUAUUGAAGAUAUUAUUAUAAAGACUCUUAUUUCUGCUCACCCUGUUGUGAAGCACAAUUACCAAAGCUGCUUUCCGAACCACACCACUGUCUGUGCCUGCUUUGAGAUACUGGGGUUUGAUAUUUUGCUAGACAGAAAGUUGAAGCCGUGGCUGCUAGAGGUGAACCACUCUCCCAGCUUCACCACAGACACUCGCCUAGACCAUGAGGUGAAGGAUGCUCUUCUCUGUGAUACCAUCAACCUGAUAAAUGUGCAUGCCUGUAACAAAAGGAAGGUGCUGGAGGAAAACAAACAGCGGGCAAAGGAACGGCUCCACCAGGCCCAUCAGACUCUCCGUGCAUCCAGACGCGAGGAGUUAGAGAGCAACCAGGCUGCCUGGCUGUCUCAGGCAGAGAAGUAUGAGAACUCGCACCUGGGCAGUUACCGGCGCAUUUAUCCGGCAUGUGGAACAGAGAAGUAUGAGCCAUUUUUCAAGCAGAGUGGCUCCCUCUUCCAGGAAACGGUGUCAUCCAAAGCACGAGAGGAGUGUGCCAGGCAGCAACUGGAGGAAAUCCGCCUGAAGAAAGAAAAGUUGGAAGCUGUUACCAGGAAGAAGAAAACGAAGAGGAGGAAGCAAGACCUGCAUGGAGAGUCAGCUGGGGACAAAUCCCAGAUCCAUAAUAAAACCACAGCUCCUACAACGCACCUCACCUAUAGAAGCACCAGGAUGUGGGAUAGAAAGCUACAGCGCAUGCAGUACAACUCUAUGCAACCCCAGGAUAUCGUGGAAGAGGAGGAGAAGAAAAGAGUAGAUGCUCUUCUGCAGCGUGAGAACCUUAUCCGAGGCCUGGGCAUCGUAGAUCAGCUCUCCCAGCUGCUCCCCUCAACUGAUAGACCAGCCGACACCCAGAGAUCCUGCACCGUUACCUCCAAAAGCCAGUUUCUCUGGGACGCACUCAGGGGCCAGGAGGCCCACCGCUUAAUGACGCUCACCCCCCGCUCGGUCCUGGGAGGUCCAGUCCGGCCUUUGGGACAGCAGUUCGUACACAACCCCAGAGCCAACGCCGAGUUGCCAGCCAGCCUGGGCUCGGAUCCUGCCACCGUGGGCACCCUCUCAGUUCGAGGCCAGAGCAUCCCUUACCAUGAGCGGCACAAGAUGCGGCAGGGCCUCUGGGCACAGAAUGCGGGCUGGCUGCGUGGCCAGGCAGCGGGAACAGCAGCAGUUCCCCAGCCCUGCAUUGAACCCGAGGGACUGCAGGCGAGAUUCCAGUGGCUCCCUGGUGCUGGAAACAAGGCUGAAGGCCGUGAAUCUGGCAGGCCAUCCUUCCAUGCAGGCAGCUGUCACCCGGGGUCCCCAGCCAGCGUGGGGAAGGCCUCAGACGAUGGCAUCUUCAGCCCUGCUGCAGUCCAGGAGCUUCCCAUCACCUCCGCUGCCCGCGUGCAGCACACGGGUGCCUCGCACCAUGGCGGUGCCUCGCACCAUGGCGGUGCCUCGCACGCUCGCGGCGUGAAAAGCACAAGUAACGUGGCGGAGGGCACGCCCGUGCUCGGCCUUCUCCGCCGUCGGUGCUUGCUGAAGAGCCGUGGCUGCUGGACGGGGAGCGUCUGCGCGCCCUGA